AUGGCCUCCACGAAACGAAAAGCGACAGAGGACUCUUUCAACACCAUUAACUUCACCGCGCGCAAUCCUCCAUGGACCUAUCUCAAACUUCAACUAAUCCAUCAACCAGGCACAUCCACCGCCGUUCAAUGCCAACCCAUUGACCCCCUCACUGCCCGGACCUACCUAACUGCAGCGCUCCACCAAUUCCUCGGCCUCUCGGGAACAUCAAUCGCAAUCGACAUCCUCAAAGUCUCGCCCGAGACAUCCCACUCCGAACCAACCGAUAAAUUCAUCUGGAUUCGCAUCCCCCGGCAAGAUGCCCCGGCCGUCGUUGCCGCAGUCAGCUCCUGGAUUGGCGGAAACACUGGGUCGGAUACCGUGGGGAGCGUGGCGUGGAGAGUGUGCGCGAAGGGGAAUUUCCUAGGAGCUCUCGUUCACGGAUCUGGGAUUGGGCUAUUCGCGCCAUAA